GCCUUCAAUUCCACCUUCGCCUUCAAUUCCACACCAAGCAAAGCAGAACACUCCUGCUAAGAUCUACUAGCUAGCCGUAGCAAAGCAUAGCAAGAAUCGCUCUCCUCUUUAGAAGAAACAAAGGAAGCCCAUUUGAAGAGAGGGUGAGGAAAUGGCUAGUGGGGGUGGAUACGGAGAUGCGAGCCAGAAGAUAGACUAUGUAUUCAAGGUGGUGUUGAUAGGGGACUCAGCAGUUGGGAAAUCACAAAUACUUGCUCGAUUUGCUAGAAACGAGUUUAGUCUUGACUCUAAAGCUACUAUUGGAGUUGAGUUUCAAACUCGGACUCUUGUUAUCGAUCAUAAGAGUGUUAAGGCCCAGAUCUGGGAUACUGCUGGUCAAGAACGGUAUAGAGCAGUCACAAGUGCAUACUAUAGGGGUGCUGUUGGGGCAAUGCUGGUGUAUGACAUAACCAAGCGGCAGACCUUUGAUCACAUACCACGCUGGCUGGAAGAGCUGCGAAACCAUGCUGACAAGAACAUAGUUAUCAUUUUGAUUGGGAACAAAAGUGAUCUUGAGGACCAGCGUGCUGUACCCACUGAGGAUGCCAAAGAAUUUGCCCAGAAGGAAGGACUAUUCUUCUUAGAGACCUCUGCAUUGCAAGCAACUAAUGUUGAGAACGCCUUUAUGACUGUGUUGACAGAGAUCUUCAACAUUGUAAACAAGAAGAACCUGGUUGCUGGUGAAGAUCAAAGCAAUGGUAACCCCGCAUCGCUAUCUGGCAAGAAGAUUAUCGUUCCAGGCCCUGCACAAGAAAUCCCAGCGAAGAGCAAGUGUUGUAGCUAAUUGUGAUCUGAUCAGUCUUGGCUUUGAAACUGCGUGCUUCCCUUAAUACCCAACAGCAAUUUUUUGAAAGGUGUGAUGUAGUUCUUUGUAAAUUUUACAUUCUUAUAAUUUAGCUUGCACGAGCAGCUGAUUAGUUUCUUAUUUUGAGGAAAAUCUGAGUCGCAUGUUAUCUUCUCCUCAAUCUUAUUCGGAAAGAAAAAAUUUCAUAAUGUCGAUGAAUGUUUUGAAUACUUUAAAUAACUUGCUUUGUAGUGUGGAAAUUGAAGAUGGAAGUGGAAAUGUUUCUGGAGAA